AUGUCAUCAUUUGGUAGUUGCCAAACACAGGCUGCUCCUCAACCAUCAUCGGCAUUUCCAACACCAACAAUGUCCCAUAGCGAUCUUUCUAGACCAGUUGCUGUUUCAUCAGCAAUGACUACUCAGCCUCCAUCACUAUACUCAAAGGCAAUUAAAAAGACUCUUUCAGCUACAAUGCCUUCAACAAUAACUCCAACUUCAGCUGCUACCACUAAUUCUACUUCUACUUCUAAUACUACUACUACUACUACUACUACUACUACUACUGCUGCUGCUACUACUAUUGCUUCCACAACUACUUCCCCUGCAACAGCAGCCUUAGCUUUAUCAAUGCCUUCGCCCCCAAUGUCACCGCAUCCCAGACUCGCCAAGCCUCUCGGCAUUCCUUCCCGCACUGCCGCUUUGACUGAUUUUGCACAACCUGAAGCUGCUGACCAAGAAGAAAUUCAAUCACAAGACCUUGCUGAAGUUCCUUCCACUUCUUUAUUACUUCUUUCUACAACAGCUGAUUUGCACUCGGAUCAAUCUUUAAGCCAUAAAACUACAACAGCUGAUAGAUUUCCUCACAAGUUUCUCCCAAUGAAGACCCUUGCUGCCCGUGCAGCUUAUAAGCCUGCCCCAGGAACUUCACAAUCAAAGCUUGCCCAACUUGGAGCCGAGCGUCGGACUAUUGAAACUGGUCCCGUGACUGUUCCAUUCGCCGACUAUCCCACUGGCACCUACCAAUCUCGCUAUACAUUGACUGAAAAGACAUCAGUGCCUUUGGUUUCGUGCUCUUGGGAUGCAAUUCGCAAAAACCCCCGAACUAUUUUGAACCGCGAGCGCGCCUUUUUGGCCAAUUAUAAACCACACGGAGCUUACACUUCAUUCUACACAGUGACUGCUCAUGCAUCGGUAAAUACUAGAUCAAUCAAGUCUUUGUCUAAUAAUAAUAAUAAUAAUAACAAUGGUUUGGUCACGUGCGCACCAUCGCCACGCAAGUCUGUGCGCCGUGUACCUACCUAUUACGAUGACUCGGAUGGUAUUGCAACUAGAUCGAGACAUCGCACUAACCAGGCUCGCGCUCGCGUGGCCAAGCAACCUGUGGUAUCUUCACCCAAACCUUCUAGUGUUUUGGCCAUUUCAUCAUUAAUUGAGGACGAUAUUCGACCAUCUUCUCCACGCAAGCCAUUGCACUUUGAGCCCAUUGCCCCCGCGCCUUGUCCUCUCCCACCAAUUGCAUUUGCUUCUCCUGUUGCUACCCCAGAGCCUCCUACAUGUGUGGCUUUGCCUGCUUCUAAUACUAGUAGUAGUACUAGUACUAGUAGUACUAGUACCCAUGGCCCCAUUUCCUUUUCUAGUAUUAACCAACGUGCUUCUACUCCUUCAGUGUCUUGUCCUUCUCCUGUUGUGUCUUCGCCUAAGCGUUCUCCACGGGCCUCUAAGCCUCAUCAGUUUCAACGUAAACCUCGUCCAACUCCUAUUCCUUCUAGAGUACAUGAUAUGGAAGCGUCAGAACUUCCAGAUUAUGCUCCUCCUGCAACUCUAUUACCACCAGGAAAGAAGCUUAAGACUGAAUGGAAGGGAUCUCCUAUGGACUUGUCGCGCGAUCCUCAUAUGCACUUGUUACAUCCUGCUGAGGUGCCUCUUGCUGCCACUUUACGUUUACCUGCUGAGCUAUACUUGGAUUCUAAGAAGAGACUAUUUGCAGAAAAGGUGCACCGUUUACGUCAAGGUCUGCCGUUUAGACGUACUGAUGCUCAAAAGGCUUGUCGUAUUGAUGUUAAUAAGGCUUCAAGAUUAUUUUCUUCUUAUGAGAAGGUGGGCUGGUUGGAAGAUAAAGUUUUUGCGAAGUUUUUGUGA